AUGUUGGGCGCAGUGGGACGGUGCUGCAGCGGUUCCCUGCAGGCUUUCAAGCCUGGAUUUAACGCUUUAAAAAACAUCACUGCUAAACACGCAGCCCUAAAUGCCAGCAGGGCUUAUGCAGCCCCAGCGGCUAAGGCUGCACUGGCCAAUGGCCAGAUUGUGGCAGUGAUCGGUGCCGUGGUGGAUGUAAGGUUCGAUGAGGAUCUUCCUCCCAUUCUCAAUGCCCUGGAAGUACUUGGUCGUGACAGCCGGCUGGUGCUGGAGGUCGCACAGCAUCUCGGUGAAAGCACAGUCCGAACAAUUGCCAUGGAUGGCACAGAAGGCCUGGUUCGUGGCCAGAAGGUUAUGGACACUGGAGCCCCCAUCAGGAUCCCUGUGGGCCCCGAGACCUUGGGCCGGAUCAUGAACGUCAUUGGAGAACCCAUUGAUGAGAGGGGUCCAAUUAGCACCAAGCAGACAGCUCCUAUUCAUGCUGAAGCCCCUGAGUUCACUGACAUGAGUGUGGAACAGGAGAUCCUGGUUACUGGUAUCAAGGUGGUGGAUCUGCUGGCUCCUUAUGCCAAGGGAGGAAAAAUUGGUCUCUUUGGUGGUGCAGGUGUGGGAAAGACUGUGUUAAUUAUGGAGCUGAUCAACAACGUAGCCAAAGCUCAUGGUGGAUACUCUGUGUUUGCUGGAGUGGGAGAGCGCACACGUGAAGGAAAUGACUUGUACCAUGAAAUGAUUGAGUCUGGUGUCAUUAACCUGAAAGACACAACAUCCAAGGUAGCUCUGGUGUACGGUCAGAUGAACGAGCCUCCUGGUGCCCGUGCCAGGGUUGCUCUAACCGGUCUGACUGUUGCCGAGUACUUCCGUGAUCAGGAGGGACAGGACGUGCUGCUCUUUAUUGACAAUAUCUUCAGGUUUACUCAGGCUGGAUCAGAGGUGUCUGCCUUACUGGGUCGCAUCCCGUCUGCUGUGGGUUACCAGCCAACUUUGGCCACUGAUAUGGGUACAAUGCAAGAGCGAAUCACCACCACUAAGAAAGGCUCCAUCACCUCAGUACAGGCCAUUUAUGUACCUGCUGAUGACUUGACUGAUCCUGCUCCUGCCACAACCUUUGCUCACUUGGAUGCUACCACUGUGUUGUCCCGUGCCAUCGCUGAGCUUGGCAUCUACCCUGCUGUGGACCCUCUGGAUUCCACCUCCCGUAUCAUGGACCCCAACAUUGUCGGAGCCGAGCACUAUGAUGUUGCUCGUGGUGUACAGAAAAUUCUUCAGGAUUACAAAUCACUGCAAGACAUCAUUGCCAUCCUGGGUAUGGAUGAAUUGUCCGAGGAGGACAAGCUGACUGUUGCACGUGCUCGCAAGAUCCAGCGAUUCUUGUCGCAGCCCUUCCAGGUUGCCGAGGUCUUCACUGGCCAUAUGGGAAAGUUGGUGCCACUUAAGGAAACAAUCAAAGGCUUUAAAAGUAUUCUAGGAGGUGAAUACGAUGCCCUGCCAGAGCAGGCAUUCUACAUGGUGGGUCCCAUUGAGGAGGUGGUGCAGAAGGCUGAAAAGCUGGCAGAGGAGCAUUCCUAAGUGAUUCAUGUAAAAGUUUUGUACAGAAUAAUUACCUAUUAAAACAACACCAUUGUUGUUCAGUGCCCCUGUAAAUGAAAUAAAUAAAUUACAUUGUGAUAUUAUA